AGUGUGUGUCACAAACUAAAACUGUCCUACCACAAGUGAAUUAAAAGACAAAUUCUCGAGAAACAGGACCAAUUUCAAAAAUACCCUCAUGGUCCGUCGACAAAUUCACUCCAACUCCACGUUUUCCACACUAUUGUCGGUGGCGUCUCUGUUGUAGUUGCGCCGCUCGGCCACAGCUGGGCGCUGUUGCCCCAGUGUCCCUCUGCCUGCGCUCUCUCUCUCUCUCUCGCGCUGUCGCGCGCUCUCGCUCGCUCGCUCGCUCGCUCGCACCAGCCUCCUCUCUCCAGCCUCUGUCUCAGCCAACCCGGGUUGUGCCGAGCUGCUCCCUGCGGGAUCAGAGCGCUCCCCCGCCGGGACCCUUCUCUCACAUCCCCCUGCUGGGACGCGGCUACAUUUCCAGCCAAGCACUGCCUGCCUUGGCUUUAUUAUGUGUGUCUGCGCCGCAGCCCCGCCAGCAGAGGCGGGCAGAGGAGGAGGGAGACUGGUAGCCAGAGUCAGGACAAAGAAAAAGCAGGGAGACAGAGGCUAGCGGAAGGUUAGACUGCACGCGCGUCUAACGGCUGCUAACGGGCACAUUCAGAACAGGGAGCGCGGGCAGAACACGCAGUGGCCCUCAGGGUGGAGAACGGCGGGCGAACGAACGGCGCAAUGUCCCCGCCACCAGAGCAGUAGGACCGGCGGAGCGAACCCGGGCUCGGUCCGCUGCAGCCAGAGGACGCCGUCGGCUCCAAUAGUUCCGAUAAAGUCAAAAGCCAGCGCGAAGCCGCGAGGACGCCAAGGCGUUCGGGUUUGAGCCAUUUCCCCAACACUGACAGUCGCCUCUCGGCACCCACACCGUCACGCGCCGCGCUGCUUUCACCAGCUCCUUCUGGCACUUCUGCUUAACGGGGAGCGGAAUCUGCUCAGGUGUUGACCGCGCGCGUGGCGGCAACUCGCGCUCUGAUCUCCCGGAACCUGGAAGACGUACGUCGGAGUCGCACGAGGGCAAGGACUGUACGGGAGAAGGCGAAGCGCGUGCAGAGGAGGGGGGUCCGAAGCGCGGCUCACGUUUAUUCCACAGGUUGCUCCGGUCCCGGCGGCGGAGGACGACGCGAACGCGUCACUCCCGGCGUGUGGUACCAGCGACGGUCGUUCCCCACGCAGACGCCGAAGCUGCCGCAUUGCAACAGGCGAACGGAGGAGGAGGAGGAAGCGGAACCCGCCGCUGUCCGCUGAAAGCGUGGACCGGAGCGAAAACAAGUGGACACUUCAAAAACAAACAGUUCGGCGCUCGAGAUGUCCAGACGCAAACAGGCCAAACCGCGCUCCGUCAAAGGUAUAUCUUCCAUCGACGUAUACAAGUACAUACUCAACGUUGCACGCACUCUCCCCUCUUUGUCAUGGAGUAAAUCAAUGGAGGAAGGGGAAUCCUCAGCGUGUGGAGGAACUUGGGAUGAAUCAACUCUUCAGCCAGAGGUAUUGGCGUCUGACAGAGAGGUGGAGGCCAAAGAAGAUCAGGUGCCAUGCAGAGAAGAUGGAGAACAGGAGGAGCAUGAUGAUGGGGAUGACCGAGAUAACGGUGAUGACCUAGAUGAUGAGUCCAUCUUCACCUGUGACAACUGUCAACAGGAUUUCGACUGUCUGGCAGAGCUCACUGAACACAGAACCAAUCACUGCCCAGCUGGACUGGUACUUGCAGCUCUGCCGGCAGCGCCCGCAAAAGCGUGGCGACUUCACCACGGGACGUCACCACGUUGUAACUACAGUUCAGAGGACGAGGAGCAGGUCGGAGCUUACAAUGGCGAUGAUGACCCAGCGGGGCUCUCUUGGGUGCCUUCCUCACCCUCCAGUAAAGACGUGGCAUCACCCUCACAGAUGCCUGAUGGCUGCUGUGACCUCGGCAUGGCCACAGGUGGUGAAGAGGAAGGAGGUGCUGGUCUGCCAUACCCCUGCCAGUUUUGUGACAAGUCCUUCAGCCGUCUGAGCUACCUGAAACGCCAUGAACAGAUCCACAGUGACAAAUUGCCUUUCAAGUGCACCUUCUGCAGCCGUCUGUUCAAACACAAGAGAAGCAGAGAUCGCCAUGUCAAACUUCACACAGGAGAUAAGAAGUACAGUUGUCAGGAGUGUGAAGCUGCUUUCUCCCGCUCUGAUCAUCUGAAGAUCCAUCUGAAGACACACAGCUCUAGCAAACCGUUUAAGUGCAGUGUGUGCAAGCGCGGCUUCUCCUCCACUUCAUCUCUGCAAAGCCACAUGCAGGCCCACCGCAAGAACCGAGAGCACCUUGCACUGAGGAGUGAGAGGGAUGAAGGAAAGAAGGGAGCAGGGGGAGAUGGUGAUCUGGAACAUGACUUGUAUAUGUGUGAUUACUGCGAGGAGACGUUCAGCCAAACCGAUGAACUAGAGAAACACGUCCUCACCAGACACCCCCAGCUGUCUGACAGAGCUGACCUCCAAUGCAUCCACUGUCCUGAAAUUUGUCUAGAUGAGGCUUCACUCCUCACUCAUAUUGAAACACAGCAUGCUAACCGCAAACACAAAUGUCCUGUCUGCUCAGAACAGUUCCCGUCUGUGGAGGAUGUCUACUGCCACCUGGACAGCCAUCGCCACCCUGACUCCUCCAACCACAGCGCUGCCAGUCCUGACCCUGCACUGGGCAGUGUGGCCUCAAUGAGUUCAGCCACUCCAGACUCUAGUGCCAGCCUGGAGAGAGGCUCCACACCCGACUCUACUCUCAAACCCACCCAGGGCAAUGAACGGAGCCGCAGAAGAGGUACUGAAACCGGAGAGGAUGCUGACAUAAGCCUCGGUCAUCAAGGUGCAGGAGGAGGUGUUAACUGGGGUAAAGUCACAUACUCCUGCCCCUAUUGCUCCAAGAGAGACUUCCACAGUCUGGCAGUUCUGGAGAUCCAUCUAAAAACAAUCCAUGCAGAUAAGCCGCAGCAGAGCCAUACAUGCCAACUCUGCCUGGACACACUGCCAACGCUUUAUAACCUCAAUGAACAUGUUCGCAAAGCUCACCGUACCAGUGGGGGCGCUGUAGGUACCGCAACGUUUCCCUUGCUGCAGUUCACCAAUGUCACAGCGUUCCACUGUAACUACUGCCCUGACAUGUUUGGAGACAUAAACUCUCUCCAAGAGCACAUCAGAGUCUCCCACUGCCUGCCUGGUGGGAUUGUAGCAGGGUCCACUACAUUAGAAGGGAACCAUGCGUUCUUCUGCAACCAAUGCUCCAUGGGGUUCCUGACAGAGUCUUCAUUGACAGAGCACAUUCAGCAGACGCACUGCACCUCCGCUACAGGGGGUGGAGCUGUGUCUGGAGGAGUCGUGGCCAAGCUAGAGUCUCCUGUACUACAGGCUGCCACCCAGUCCUUCAUGGAGGUUUACUCCUGCCCGUACUGCACCAAUUCUCCAAUCUUUGGCUCACUCCUCAAGCUCACAAAGCACAUAAAGGAGAAUCACAAGAACAUCCCCCUGGCUAACAACAAACGGCAGGCAAAGGUCGCAGACCUCAGUCCCGCCUCCUCUGAUGUAGAGAUCUCCUCGCCCAAACGACACAGACUGGGAGGGGACUCCACCCCCUCCAUGGGAAGCAAUGGGGACUACCCCUGCAACCAGUGUGACCUGCGAUUUUCCAGCUUCGAAGGUUUCCAGGCCCACCUAAAGUCACAUCUCGAGAUGCUGCUGAGGCGCCAGUCCUGCCCACAGUGCAACAAAGAGGACUUCGAAUCCCAGGAGGCAUUGCUUCAACACCUAACAGUACACUACACUACCACAUCAACACAGUAUGUGUGUGAGAGCUGUGAUAAACAGUUCUCUUCUGUGGAUGACCUGCAGAAACACCUGCUGGACAUGCACACGUUUGUCCUGUACCACUGUACUCUCUGCCAAGAGGUCUUUGACUCCAAGGUCUCUAUACAAGUACAUUUAGCUGUGAAGCACAGUAAUGAAAAAAAGCUGUUUCGCUGCACAGCCUGUGCCUGGGAUUUCAGGAAGGAAACGGAUCUUCAGCUACAUGUGAAGCAUAACCACCUGGGCCAGAGGUCUGGCCUCCCUGGUGGGCUUGGAGCAGGACUAAAAUUUCGGAAGUGCAUCUUCUGUGGAGAAACAUUUGGAACAGAAGUAGAGCUUCAAUGCCACAUCACCACGCACAGCAAAAAGUUCACAUGUCGCUUUUGUGGCAAAGCUUUUCAUGCCAUUUCAGUAUUAGAGAAACACCUGCGGGAGAAGCACUGCAUCUUUGAUGGCAGCAACAUCACUGGUAAUGGAGGUGGUACAGGGAGCAGUGGUAGUCAGAAUGGGACACCCAAUGGUCUGGCACAGUCCUCUAAACGAGGGGGAGCAGUAAGUGGGGGCAAUGGAAGCACUGGAGGCGUUGAAAGAGCAACUGUGGUGGCUGCAGAGCAUGCAGACCUGCAGAACAUGCUGCUGAAGAGCGGAGUAGUGGGAGGAGGAGCUGGACAGGCAGGAGACGUAGCCAACAGUCAUGAGGCAAGUGGGGGAGAGGAGGAGCUGGAUAACUCAGAGCCUAUGUAUGCCUGUGAUAUCUGUGGAGCAGCCUACACCAUGGAGUCCCUUCUGCAAAACCACCGGCUGCGCGACCACAACAUCCGGCCAGGAGAUGAUGAUGCUGGUUCGCGAAAGAAGAAGGCAGAUUUUAUCAAAGGAAACCACAAAUGUAAUGUGUGCUCCAGAACCUUCUUUUCUGAAAAUGGGCUUCGUGAACAUGCGCAGACGCACCGUGGCCCUGCGAAACACUACAUGUGUCCGAUUUGUGGUGAACGUUUUCCCUCCCUGCUAACCCUCACUGAGCACAAGGUCACCCACAGUAAAAGCCUGGACACUGGAACGUGUCGAAUCUGUAAGAUGCCCCUGCAGAGUGAGGAGGAGUUUAUAGAGCACUGCCAGAUGCACCCUGACCUCCGCAACUCCCUCACUGGCUUCCGCUGCGUUGUCUGCAUGCAGACAGUCACCUCCACCCUGGAACUGAAGAUCCACGGCACCUUCCACAUGCAGAAGCUUUCCACUGGUUCUGCACUUGGUGGAGCGGGAGGGGGAGGUGGGAAUGGAGUGGCAGGGAAUGGUUCCGCCUCCUCAUCACCUAACGGGCAGCUGCAGCAACAUAAGCUGUACAAAUGCGCCUUCUGUCUGAAGGAGUUCAAGAACAAGGGGGAGCUGGUGAAGCUGGAUGUCAAUGGCCUGCCUUAUGGCCUCUGUGCUGGCUGCAUGAGCAGGGGCACAAAUGGCCAGAGCCCCAGCCAAGGAGGAGCUGCUCCAUCUGGAGACAUACAGGGAGAAAAGGCUGCGGCUGGGCUGAGGUGUCCAGAGUGUGGGGUGAAGUUCGAAAGCCUGGAGGACUUGGAGACUCAUGUCCACACGGAUCACCCCGAAGUCAGUCCUGAAACCAGUGCAGCGGGGAAGAAGGCUGAGGCAGCUGCACCCAAGAAGAAGACCUACCAGUGUAUCAAGUGCCAAAUGACGUUUGAGACAGAAAGGGAGAUCCAGAUUCAUGUUGCAAAUCAUAUGAUUGAAGAGUCCACCUGUCGGCAAGAGGAGGGCAUCAAUCAUGAGUGCAAGCUGUGUAACCAGAUGUUUGAUUCACCUGCCAAGCUGCUUUGCCACCUGAUAGAGCACAGCUUCGAAGGUAUGGGAGGUACCUUCAAGUGUCCCGUCUGCUUCACAGUAUUUGUGCAGGCCAACAAGCUCCAGCAGCACAUUUUUGCUGUCCACGGCCAGGAAGACAAGAUCUAUGACUGUUCCCAGUGUCCACAGAAGUUCUUCUUUCAGACAGAAUUACAGAACCACACACUGAGUCAGCACGAGCAGUGAGACCGAGGCCUGGCAGGAUCUCUCGGCUCAGCCAGGGCCCCCGACCCAGAGCCGGCAGGGGAUCCCCAUCUCCACAUCACAGCCAAUCAAAGUGUCAUUUGCUACUCACAUGUAAAACUCUAACGAUCGCGCCACUGGGCGCGGCUAUUAGGAGCAGCAGGAGAAAGGAAUAUUAAUGGGAUAUGCUAUUAAAUAAAGAAAGGAAAAAGUGGGUGAGAGAAACGGUAAGAGCUACAUGAUGGAAGGAGAGGAGUGAAAAGGUAUUGUAUGUGCAGUAUUUUUAUUGUCCUUGCCAACGUUUGUCAUCCGACCAGCUACGUCCUCCCCCCUUUCUAGUUUCUUCUGCAACCACCCAUCAUUCCCCAGGUCAGGCGUUGGAUCUUAUUUUUUAACAAAUAGCAAAGAAAAAAACAACAAAACAGUUUUUGUUUUUUUAAUAGAUCGUAGGAAAUUCUUCACUUUGUUGCCAACUCAGUUGCUUGUUGUAUUUAACUUCAUAGGUGCCAAUUUUGUUCAUUUUUUCCCUACCAUACCAUCUUAUAUUUGCCUUUGUUUUCAUUUUCGUUUCUCGCCGUAAGUAGGUACUUGUGCUGUGUUGUGAUUGUUUGCUAGUUGUAAUAUUCUUGAGUUUCUUUCCCCAGACUCUCCUCUCCUUUUUAUGAUUAUUGUUUAUAUAUAUAUAUAUAUAUAUAUAUAUAUAUAUAUAUAUAUAUAUAUAUAUAUAUAUAUAUAUAUAUAUAUAUAUAUAUAUAUAUAGUUUGUUUGUUUAACUGAUUACACAGUUUGUAAUUACUAUUAAAAGGACAUCCAACAAAAUAAAGUUCAACAAUACAAAUGUUUCUUUUUUUGGAUUUAGGUUUUCCAGUCUCUAUGGGGCCUAUAGUGGUUAUUGUAAAAAAGGAUAUCAUGAUUUCAGUGCAUCUGGUCAAUGACUGCUUUUUCAAUGUGAAUUAACCAGACUGCAAUAAUCUAGUACAAAAAGAUAAAUAAAUACAUGACAAAGAA